AUGUCUGGAAAGCGCGGUCGAGGUUCUACCUCCGGUAACAAGCUCAAGAUGACUCUUGGUCUGCCAGUCGGCGCCGUCAUGAACUGCUGCGACAACUCCGGUGCCCGCAACCUGUACAUCAUCUCCGUCAAGGGUAUCGGUGCGCGUCUCAACCGCCUGCCCGCUGGUGGUGCCGGUGAUAUGGUCAUGGCGACCGUCAAGAAGGGAAAGCCCGAGCUGAGGAAGAAGGUCAUGCCCGCCGUCAUUGUCCGCCAGAGCAAGCCAUGGAGGCGAGCAGACGGUAUCUACCUGUACUUCGAGGACAACGCCGGUGUCAUUGUCAACCCCAAGGGUGAAAUGAAGGGCUCCGCCAUCACUGGACCCGUCGCAAAGGAGGCCGCUGAGCUGUGGCCGCGUAUCGCCUCCAACUCCGGUGUCGUCAUGUGA